GUGGAGUGGACCCGCGGGUGGUCCGAGGACGCCAUUGCUCGAUCGGCUCCGCCCAUCACGCACCAGGAGACCGGCCGUUCCGCCCUUUGCUUUGCUGCUACUUUUGGCGACACAUGCUAGCUGCUGUCCUUACAACUAGAAAUGCUGCUGCAAUAUUUGCGGCUGGGCUCGUCCGCGGCUGCGCCUCGCGGCCGCCGCUUUGGCCAGGUUUCGGUCCCGGCGGCAUGCCCGACACGCGAUGGCUUGUCCAGCUGCCUGACAUGGAAUAACCUUGUUGGGGCAAGCGUGAUCAAUCUGCAGCAGCCGCGGCGGGGCAUGGCUCAAAACGCGACCGGCGGCGGCAGCGACACCGACCCGGCCGCUGAUGCUACCAGCAGCGACUUCCGCGACGGCGAGGAUGACAAUGCUGCCGCAGCCGCCGCAGCCGCCGCAACCGACGACGACGAUGACGACGAUGGCACGCCGGUUGACCCGGAGGCGCUGUUGGCGCGGCUGACGCAGCCGCACAUGCCGGACAACUUCCUGCUGCACGAGUUCUGGGAGCCGUGGGCGCGGGAAACGCGCUUCUUUCACGACCGCUUCGCCAUGUUCACCCGCCCCGAAUAUAGCGCCAACGACCAGAUGCGACAAGCCCUGGGCCUGGCAAUCCGCGGCAGCAUAGCGGUUCCCUACAUGUCGUGGGCGGUGCCAUCCACAGAGGCGCUGGAGGUGAUUGCGCAGGUGUCGGGGGGCCGGGUGGUGGAGGUGGGCGCUGGCACCGGGUACUGGGCGUGGCUGCUGGCGCUGCGUGGCGUGGACGUGGUGGCUGUGGACAAUGACUGCGAGUACCGCUUCAAAAAGGAGCCAGCGGACGGCGAGGAGCCGGCAGCAGCAGAUGGCGAGGAUGCGGAGCUGCCGAAGGGUACGAAGGGGGCGCUCCGAUAUUUGAAGAGCAUGCAGGUGUGUGACGGCCCCGAGUUCCUGGCGCGCCACGGCGGCUGUCCCGACCGCGCGCUGCUGCUGUGCUGGGCGCGGCACGACAUGGGCGAGGCCAGCCUGGCCGCCUACCGCGGUGACACGGUGGUGGCUGUGGGCGAGGUGUACACGGGCGCCACGUGGGAGCUGGACAGGGAGCUGCACCCCGAGUGGCGGCAGGUGCGCCGCGUGCCGCUGCCCAACUGGACGGGCAUCCACGACGACCUGCGCGUGUACCGGCGGCGCGUGCUGGCUGGGCGGAAGGAGGAGGGGGGCAACUGAGGUGGGGGCGGGCCGGCGUGCUCGGGCUCUCACGUGUUGAGGUUCUGCUGGCAAGGGCGGGGAAGAGUGGAGGUGUGGGUAGUGUGGGGCGGAUCAGAGGAUGCAUGGCGAGAGUUGUGGAAGGUGUGGGAUGGAUGAGGUACCGAUAGAUGCGUUAGGCUAGGGGUGCACAAUCGACACGCGGAAGUAUGGUGACCGGCUGAGGGGCCAGCGGCCGGGGCAGCAUACCAGCAUCUAUACCUAGGGCAUCAAGAAGCCAUACAUACGCAUGCAUGCGACGCGUUUGUUGUGGGUCAGUGUGGAAUGCGCGUUUCCAUCACUUCAUUGAUUGCGCUAAGCCAGUGGAUCAAGUCAUUGGGCAAAGCCGAUUCUGUGGCGUGAGAGCCGCCGCACCCCGGCUAGCGGCACGUGCUGGAGUGCUGUGCCGCAGUAGAUAUUUAUAGGACGGAAUGCACGUUUCCGUAACAAGUACUUUCUUUGAGCGUGUUCACAUCGGUAGGCAAGCAGACCCGCGCCUGGGCGGCAGGGGUUUUGGGGCGCAUGCGUCCAAAAGCCUGCUACGUACGCUGUCAUACGUACGGCACAUACAUGCAUGCAUGGGUACAGUGAGCGCGGUAGUGGCGGUGCGUGGCAUUGCGCGGCGCCCGCAUAAGCGCACUGCGACACAAACUACUGUAACUGAGAUUGCGCGGCGCGACUGGCGAGCAGUGCGUCCUGGCUGACGCAGCAGGUGGGGGCACAUCGAGGCAGCUGGCAGCGGGCCGACUCAUCGGGCCAGGCCCGCCAAGCGGCCGCAACGUGCAGCCGCAGCCAGGUGCACUCACAGCUGGCGCGAGUAGCGCGAGCACCCCUGGGCCGGUAGGUGGAUGGCCCCAGACAAUAAGGCUGAACGGACACAAGGCUGUAAAGGCUGUGGUGCGGCGGCUACAUCAUUUUGUUCGUUAGUUGUUUGCGGCGGGCUGCAUGAAGCUACGGUAUGCCUGCCGUACCUGUACCGCGUGCGUGCCAGAGCGUGAAUGCUGCUGGGGAACUGCUGGCGCUGGGGGGCCCGGAAGAGGCGGGUGCUGUGAAGGCCAUGUAUGGCGGCAUACGCGGCACCCGGGCGCGAGUGC